ACCUACAAGGUGGAGCAUCGUCUCGACGACGAGAUCCACAUGAGCGCAGGAUCAGAUGACACAAAGUCCAGGAGGACAUCAGAAUUGGGCUCUGGCCCGAAGGAACUUCAGACGAAGAGAUAAAAUCAGGAAUGAUUUUUUUAUCGUCCCGCCACAGGCCACCUGGCCCUGUCCCCCUUUGGAUCAUGCGCGAUUUGACUUGGGUCCGCCAUCAGGAAAGAAAUUGGCCAAGAGGAUCUCGAGCAUCUCUGACUCCUUCUUGAGCCGCCAGGUGUCAUCAAUGAGCGAGGCAGACCCCAAGGUCGACCUCUCUCAGCUUACGCUCUCCGAGGGUGCCUUCAACGAGGUGCUCAAGGACAAGUUUGUCCAGAGCACCUUGAGUGAGCUAGACAUUGACCUUGGCACUGAUAACGCCAGCCUCUUCAACGUCUUCAAGACGGACGGCGAGGGCCAGCUGCCGCUCACGGAGAUGCUGGUCACGAUGAUGAAAGUCCGAGGCGACACCUCCAAGGCCGACUUCAUAGGGCCCUCGGUGUUGAUCAAUACGCUCACGGAAGCAAUGCAUGGCGACAUUCACGACCUCCAGCAGAUGAUCUUGGCCAACAACAAGGUGUUGCAGAGGUGCCAGCGCCAGAUACGGAAGCUCGCCGAGAGGCCGUAG